AUGAUAGAAGAUUAUUGGAAGGAAAGAAUGGGUGGGUGUUCUUCAAUGGGUUCAAAGCCAUUCGAAACAGAUAGUUUCGACCAAAUAUGGAAAGAAGUCUCAACAACUACUCACCGAUCAUCUGAAGAAUCAGUCCAAUAUAAUGGAUGGAGGAUUGUUCGAAUCGUUCUCAUUUCAACGUUCAAAGAUUUUCGGAACGAACGAGUUCAGAUCCAUCAAAUGGUCGAGCAAACUCUUCAGCCUCUUUUAAACAAAAAGAAAUUAUUUCUACAAAUUGAAAAUUUUAAUUCCAAUCAAAAAGCUUCAUAUGACGACCCUGAAAACGUGUACCUGCUGGAUCAUUUGAUCAAUGAGUGUCAAGAAACAUCACCGAACAUAAUUUAUAUCCAUUUAUUUGGAAAUUGCUCUGGUUUCAUUAUCGAUGAGUCCUUUGCCGAUUUGAAGUUUCUAAGCAGUAAGGGUCUUCGACCAGGCCUAACCUUAAAUGAAAUCGCAUUACUGUUAUCAGGGAAAGUGAACUCAAAGGCUUUAUACCUGAUCAGAAAUCCCGAUUUCUUACUACAAAUCCCUUUUAAUCAGCAUAAUUUUGAAGAUGACGAAGUUGGGAGAGCGCGAGCGCAAUAUUUGGUUCAGAAGAUUAUGACCGAAAUGCCGAAACAACAAGUGGUAGAGUUCAAAUGUAAAACAGAAGGUAUAAAUGAUCCUCACCAUAAGCGGAUUGUCUUGACUGGUUUGGAAGACAUGCUGAGCGCUGUGAAGGAACAUAUACUACCAGCACUGGAUAUUUAUCAUUUAAAAUCAUCUACAGAAGAAGAUAUAAAUUCAUUAAUUGAGAAAAAAAGAACUCAAUUAUCAAAGGAGCAAGAAAUGAUUUACUUGGAGGCCAGUAAUCAUGGAAGCGGGAAAACGAGUAUUCUCUUUAAAAUUUCUCAAAACUCGUCAGUGAAACUGAAGUGUUUUAUUUUUACAAACACAAAGAAGACUUCCGAAGACUAUCAGAAAGAAAUUUUGAAAAAUUUUGAGAAAAAGGAGACUGACAGUUAUCAAGAGUUCUUGGAGAAUCUUUCCGAAAAGAUGCUGGUGCUCAUAGAUGAUGCGGAUAAAAGUUUUAAGGAGUUGAAAAAACUGUUUUCUAGUUCAACUAAGAUAGUCUGGAUUCUGGCAAUGAAGAAAUCUCGACCAUCCGAGGAAGACAUGGCUGUUUUAACGAUUCCUUUAUUACCACAUCAAGAUGCUAUUCGGAUAAUAUCAAAGUAUAUGGAAUUUGGUGAGCGAACAUCUACUGGACAGAUUCGUUCAAACACUAAAGAAAUGGCGGAGAAACUUUACUUCAACGCCAGCUUACGUGGUAUAACCAAAGAAAACGUUGAAGAAGGUAAAGAUGAUGUGCAUUGGUCUCCAUUGAAAUGUAAAGUUCUUGGUUCACUCAUCCGUUUCGGAGCGACUUCCGAAAAAGUCACCGAGCUAGCCUCGUAUAGCGCUUUGAGCGUUUGUGAAGCAUACUUAAGUAUAAUAGAAAGUGAAUCUAAAGGACAUUUGCUGAUCUCCACGUUAUGCCUUAUGACGAUGGUGGAAAGUGGAUUAAGCGAGAUUGAUUUGAGAGUCUUGCUAUUUCCUGAAGAGAAUGUAUUACCGAAAACUAUCAAUCGGAAGUUUCGAAAUAUGCCUUUUGAGUAUGAUUACGAGAAGUAUGGUAACCAUAAUCAGAUAUCUGCGCUCAACUGGAGGUUCGUCAUAUUCAAAUUAGAACAUCUCUUCCAUGUCUUGAAUGAGAGCAACAAUCAUUUCGUAUUAGAUGACUUGAUGAAGAGUUGUGUUCGAAAAAAAUUUCUAACUACUCCAACCCACUUAGGGCAUUUCAAAAAAAUGUUAGCUCGGUUCCUAAAACACAGAAAAGAUCCAUGGCUAAUCAAUAGAAGAGGUGAUAUAUCGAGUUUCAUUGAAUAA